AUGGCCAUUUUCUGUUCUUGUCUGACUGCCACCUAUCAAUUGCAGCGAAGGUCAUCUGGUAAAGUCAUGGAUACAAAUGAGGAGUUGUCAAUAGUUCUCGAACUAUCUGAAGAUGACUUUUUCUUUGAUAGAAAGGAGAAAGUACUUCGAAGCAAAGGUUUUAGUUCCAAGGAACGAGUGUGUCUCCAGGGCUCUUCAAAGCCAGAUCGGAUGAGUGAUGCUGUGAAAGUACUGGUUCAGAUUGCAAGAAUUAUACAUUUGAAUGAGGUGGAACUUUAUUUUGCUGAUGAUGCAAGUACAUCUGGGGAAUUUUACAGCCCUAGGAAUGAAUUAGAGGCUCUCAAUUCCAUCAUUUCACUCAUUGACACAUUACUUUCUAGUUAUAAGCAUCCUCACACGAUUAUACUGCAAGAAUUGCGGACAGCAAUUCUCGCAUUAAUUUCUGAUUUUGGGGACAAGAACAGUUUGGGAGCAACAGUUGAAAAAGAGCUUAGAUGUGAACAAGAAGAGCACCUAUUAGAAUGGGGAAAAAACAAUGGCGUAAGGACACAGUUACAGAUAGCAUGUUCUUUCAUUUUGCCUGCAUUUUAUACCAGAUAUCAAAGGAGCAGGCGAGGUGCCGUAGCAGAAAAAGAUCUUAAAGUUGGAGAUAUUGCUCUAGAAAUUCCAGUAUCCAUUAUUAUUAAUGAGGAUCUUGUGCGUGAAACUGAUAUGUACUGUGUCCUGAACGAAAAAGGUAUAUCUUCUGAGACAAUGUUGCUAUUAUGGAGCAUGAAGGAGAAGCAAAAUCAGGAUUCAAGAUUCAGAAUUUACUUUGACUCGCUCCCAGAAAAAUUUAAUACGGGGCUGAGCUUUGGUAUUGAUGGAAUCACAACAUCUGAAGGAACCUUGCUCUUGGAAGAGAUAAUGGAAGCAAGGCAGUACCUUCAUACUCAGUAUGAUGAAUUAUUCCCUGCUUUGUGCAAUGCUUUUCCUGAUAUAUUUCCACCAAAGCUGUACACUUGGGAGCAAUUUCUAUGGGCCUGCGAACUCUGGUAUUCAAAUAGUAUGAAGAUAAUGUUUUCUGAUGGAACUUUAAGGACGUGCUUAAUUCCUAUUGCUGGAUUUCUUAAUCAUUCGCUGUGCCCACACAUCCUGCACUAUGGUAAAGUAGAUCCUGCAACAAAUUCAUUGAAAUUUCCUCUUUCAAGACCAUGCAGAUCUGGAGAAGAGUGCUGUUUAAGCUAUGGGAACUUCUCUAAUUCUCAUUUCCUUACCUUUUAUGGUUUCUUGCCACAGGGAGAUAACCCAUACAACGUCAUCCCACUUGACAUUGAUGCUUCUGGCAUUGAUUCUAUGGAGGAUGAACCCAUGUCCAGCUGGACCAAUCACAUGGUUCGGGGUACUUGGCUGUCCAACAACCACAAUUUGUACUACUAUGGCCUCCCUUCCCCAUUGUUGGACCAUUUUCGAAGAUCUCGAAAUCCCAUGCUGCAUACUAAGACCUUUUUGCAAGAGGACUUGGAAAAUGAGCUGGAAAUUCUAGAAGAUCUCAGAUCUAUCUUCGAUAGCAUGAUGGACAGUUUGGAUGACACGAGUCUUGAUGACAGAGAAAACUGCUCUUGGGAUGAAAACUUAGCACUGGAGUAUAAGAUUCAACAAAAACGAAUCGUCUCCUCUAUCUCAACUUCAUGUAAUACUGGUAUGGAUAUGGUCAAGAAUGAACUGUGCAAGUGCAUGGCUGAGGACAUCCGAGGGUAAUUGGGUGAUUUGGUCCAAUGCGCCACCGGUUCCCCCAAAAAGGUGCCUUUUUCCCUCCUUUUAAACUUUGUAAAUGAACGAUGAAAAGUUGAAAACAAUCAUACGACUUUCUCAAAUGGAAAAUUGAUCAAUUUGGAUUUUGGACCAUCUAAA